AUGGCCCUCAACCUCCCGCCGCUCGGCGGCGGUGCCGGCGGUGCCCACACACAACCUUCGCUGCCCUCGCUUCCCGCUCAUCUCCAGUCCGAUACGCACCUGACCGCUCACCUCGCCAGUCGCUUCCAUGUCUCCCUGCCCACCGCCCGGCUUUCGUCCCACGCCUUCAUCUCCCUUAACACAUACUCUUCGUCGACCAAGGGCGUCGAUGGCGGCAAGGAGGGCAGCGCCCAGGCGGAGGCCGAGGACAUGGCUGACCGUGCUUUCCUCCGUCUUGGCCACCGCUCCGAAAACCAGGCUAUCCUUUUCCUGGGUGAGUCCGGCUCCGGUAAGACGACCAUCCGCGCCCAUCUCCUCACGGCACUUCUCAGCAAGUCGUCAACACCACUGUCGAACAAGGUCUCCCUGGCCGCCUACGUCUUCGACUCGCUCACCACCACAAAAACGGCGACGACUCCCACCGCCUCCAAGGCCGGUCUUUUCUACGAGCUGCAGUAUGACACGGCCUCUUCCACGGCGCCGCUUCUGAUCGGUGCGAAGCUCCUGGACCAUCGUCUGGAGCGUAGCCGGAUAGCAGAUGUCCCCACCGGCGAGCGUAACUUCCACAUCCUGUACUACUUGAUGGCCGGCACCAGUGCCGCUGAGAAGACGCAUCUGGGCUUCGACGAACCCCAUGGUGGCAGCCAGCGCCGCUGGAAGUACCUGGGCCACCCCACCCAGCUCAAGGUCGGCAUCAACGACGCCGAGGGCUUCCAGCUUUUCAAGACGGCUCUCCGCAAGCUCGAGUUCCCGCGGAGCGAGAUUGCCGAGAUCUGCCAGGUUCUCGCCAGCAUUCUGCACAUCGGCCAGCUCGAGUUCGAGAGUACAAACAACACCACCCCAACCGCCGACGACAGCGGUGGCUUCUCGCACGAGGGCGGCCAGACUGUGAUCAGCGUCAAGAACAAGGAGGUCUUGUCUAUCAUUGCUGCUUUCCUUGGUGUCAGUGCUGCAGAUCUGCAAACUACCCUGGGUUACAAGACCAAGAUGAUCAACAAGGAGCGUGUCACCGUCAUGCUCGACCCUGCCGGCGCUCGUAGCAACGCCGACGAACUUGCCCGCACCUUGUACUCUCUUCUCGUUGCCUUCGUGACGGAGACUAUCAACCAGAAGCUGUGUGCUGCUGAGGAUGCCAUUGCCAACACCGUCUCCAUCAUUGACUUCCCUGGCUUCUCGCAGCAGUCCUCCACGGGCUCGGCCCUGGACCAGCUGCUGAACAACGCCGCCACCGAGUCUUUGUACAACAUGACUCUCCAGAACUUCUUCGACCGCAAGGCCGAUCUUCUGGAGAGCGAGGAGGUCAGUGUCGCUGCCACCAGCUACUUUGACAAUUCCGAUGCCGUCAAGGGUCUGCUGAAGUCUGGCAACGGUCUGCUCAGCAUCCUCGACGACCAGACUCGCCGCCACCGCAGCGAUAUGCAGCUGUUGGAAAGCUUCCGCAAGCGGUUCGAGGGCAAGAAUCCCGCUAUUGCCGUGAGCUCGGCCACUGCCAAGCUGCCCGGCAGCAACUUCUUGUCCGAAAACGCGGCCGCCUCCUUCACUGUGAAGCACUUUGCCGGUGAGGUGGAGUACCCGGUCAAGGGCCUUGUUGAGGAGAACGGCGAGGUCAUCUCCGGUGACCUGCUGAACCUGAUCAACUCUACCAAGAGUGAGUUUGUCGCCCGUCUCUUUGGCCAGGAGGCCCUGCAGACCAUUGUCCACCCCCAGGAGCGAUCCACUGUCAUGCAGGCCUCGGUCAGCUCCAAGCCCAUGCGUGCCCCUAGUGUCAUGUCGCGAAAGGGUGGCCGUGCUGGCGCCGCCCGCCGCCGUCAUGAUACUGUCCAACAAAAGGAGUCUCUCGAGGAUAUUGCCAGCGAUGCUGGCGGUGCCACGUCCCCUGCCGGCGAUGGUCGCCGCGGAAACACCAAGGCCAACUCCGAGCAAGGCGCCUCUGGCCAGUUCCUCACCUCGCUGGACAAUGUCACCAAGUCGUUCAAUGCCCCCAACACAAACGCCUACUUUGUGUUCUGUUUGAAGCCCAACGAUCGCCGCAUUGCCAACCAGUUUGACAGCAAGUGCGUGCGGACUCAGAUCCAGACGUUUGGUAUUGCCGAGAUCAGCCAGCGCCUGCGCUCUGCUGAUUUCAGCUUGUUCCUUCCGUUUGGCGAGUUCCUGGGCCUCACGGAUACCGAGACGCUUCUCGUCGGCAGUGAGCGCGAGAAGGUCGAGUCUGUCGUCGAGGACAAGCGCUGGCCGAGCAACGAGAUCCAGAUUGGUGCUACUGGUGUCUUCCUCAGCGAACGUUGCUGGAUGGAGAUUUCCCACUUUGCUGACGCUACUUCUCAUUCUGCUCGGUAUGGCCUUCCCUCGGAUCCUGGUGAUGGCGGCUUGACGCCGCUUGAUCCCUUCGGCGUCUCCAAGGAGCGCCUCGUCUCCAACUCCAACACACCGUCGGCGGCUGGCAUUAGUGACAAGGCUCGUGCUGGUUACUUUGGAAGCAACGACGUCGACGCUCGUUCCGAAGCUGGAGUGUCUGCCUUUGGUGCCGGUGACAUGUUCCAGAACCUGGACACGCGCGAGCAGAUGGCGGAGCGUGGCAACGAAAAGGCCAUGGUCGAAGUCGAGGAGUACCGUGAUUCGUCCAAGCGCAAGCGUUGGGUGUUCAUUGUGUACCUGCUCACCUUCUUCAUCCCUGACUUUGCGAUCCGCUACAUCGGCCGGAUGCCUCGCAAAGAUGUCCGCAUGGCGUGGCGUGAGAAGCUGGCCAUCAACUUCAUCAUCUGGUUCAGCUGUGCUUUCUGUGCCUUCUUCCUGGUUGCCUUCCCCCGUCUUAUCUGCCCAACUCAGCAUGUGUUCAGCGCUGCUGAGCUUUCGGCCAAGAACGGUCAAAACGGCGCCUCUUCCUUCGUCGCCAUCCGCGGUCAGGUGUUCGACCUGGGCGCCUUCGUCCCGCAUCACUAUCCAUCAUACCUGCCGCCCAAGAUGCUCACGCAGUACGCUGGUGAGGACAUAACGUCCCUGUUCCCUGUCCAGGUCUCCGCUCUGUGCCAGGGCACGACCGAUGCCGGCAUCAACCCUGAGGUGACGCUGGACUUCAAGUCCACUAACACCACCGGCUCCGUCACGACGAUCAGCAACACAGAUCUGAAUGCUCGGUACCAUGAUUUCCGCUACUUCACUAAUGACUCGCGUCCUGACUGGUUCUCGGAGAUGAUGAUCAUGAUGCGCUCCAGUUACAAGAAGGGCAACAUCGGAUACACCUCGAGCUACGUGUCGAAGCUGGCUAAUGGUGGCAAGUCAGUUGCUAUCCUCAACGGCCGCAUCUAUGAUAUGACCAACUACAUUGCCAACGGCCGUCAGCUAGUCGCCCCGGCCGGCGAGUCUGUCAGCGGUUCCGCCGAUGAUGUCAACUUCAUGAAUCAGCUGGUUGUCGACCUUUUCCAGCAGAAGGCCGGUGACGAUGUUACCAAGUACUGGAAUGCUCUUUCGUUAACAUCGACUGAGAAGUCGCGCAUGAUGCUGUGUCUGGACAACCUGUUCUACACGGGUGAUGUCGACACGAGAAACUCCCCAAAGUGUCUCUUUGCCGAUUACUUUGUCCUUGCUGUGUCCGUCCUGCUUGCCUCCGUCAUCGGCUUCAAGUUCCUGGCAGCCCUGCAAUUUGGUACCAAGAACAUGCCCGAGAACCUCGACAAGUUCAUCAUGUGCCAGAUCCCCGCUUACACCGAAGACGAGGAUUCCCUGCGUCGUGCCAUCGACUCCGUGGCCCGUAUGCGCUACGAUGAUAAGCGCAAGUUGCUCGUCAUUAUCUGUGACGGCAUGAUUAUUGGCCAGGGCAACGAUCGCCCGACUCCUCGCAUCGUCCUGGACAUCCUAGGCGUUUCUGAGACGGUCGACCCUGAGCCGCUCAGCUUUGAGUCACUUGGCGAGGGCAUGAAGCAGCACAACAUGGGCAAGGUCUACUCCGGUCUCUACGAGGUGCAGGGUCACAUUGUGCCCUUCCUUGUCAUUGUCAAGAUCGGCAAGCCGUCUGAGGUGUCUCGUCCUGGUAACCGCGGCAAGCGUGACUCGCAGAUGAUCUUGAUGCGCUUCCUCAACCGCGUGCACUACAACUUGGCCAUGAGCCCUCUGGAACUCGAAAUGUACCAUCAAAUCCGGAACAUCAUUGGCGUGAAUCCUACUUUCUACGAAUUCCUGCUCCAGAUUGAUGCCGAUACAGUGGUUGCCCCCGACUCUGGCACGCGCUUCGUCUCUGCUUUCCUCGACGACACGCGCCUCAUUGCCGUGUGUGGUGAAACCGCCCUGACGAACGCCAAAGCUUCGUUUGUGACGAUGAUUCAGGUCUACGAGUACUACAUUUCGCACAAUCUGUCCAAGGCUUUCGAAUCUCUGUUCGGCUCCGUCACCUGUUUACCCGGUUGUUUUUCCAUGUACCGCAUCCGUGCCGCCGAGACGGGCAAACCUCUGUUUGUUUCGCGCGAAAUUGUGGAAAACUACUCCACCAUUCGGGUGGAUACGCUGCACAUGAAGAAUCUGCUGCACCUUGGUGAGGAUCGUUUCCUUACGACGCUACUCCUCAAGCAUCACAGCAAGUACAAGACCAAGUACAUCAACCGUGCCCAUGCCUGGACGAUUGCCCCCGACUCAUGGAAGGUGUUCCUGUCGCAGCGUCGUCGCUGGAUUAACUCCACUGUGCACAACUUGAUGGAACUGAUGCCCAUGGCCCAGCUCUGUGGCUUCUGCUGUUUCUCCAUGCGCUUCAUUGUCCUGGUGGAUCUUCUGUCGACAAUCAUUCAGCCUGUCACCCUCGCCUACAUCGUCUACCUGAUAGUGCUUGUUGCCACCAAGGGAACUGUUGUGCCCAUCACUGCGUUCAUCCUGCUCGGUGUGAUCUACGGUCUGCAAGCCAUCAUCUUCAUCCUACACCGCAAGUGGGAGAUGAUUGGCUGGAUGCUCAUGUACGUUCUGGCCAUUCCCAUCUUCAGUUUCGGUUUGCCCUUGUACUCCUUCUGGCACAUGGACGACUUCAACUGGGGUAACACCCGUGUGGUGGCUGGCGAGAAGGGCAAGAAGGUCGUUAUUUCCGACGAGGGCAAGUUCGAUCCCAGCUCGAUCCCUCGCAAGAAGUGGGAGGAGUACCAGGGCGAGUUGUGGGAUGCUCAGACAGCGCGCGACGACGCUCACUCCGAGAUCUCGGGCUACUCGUACGCGACAAAGCCGGGCAUGGGUGGCCCUGGCGGUGUCCACGUGGCGGUGUCGGAGUACGGCUACCCGUCGCGCCCCGGCUCGACCGCCGGCUACCCCAUGCACGACAAGUCUGCGCUGCCCAUGCCCAACAUGGCCGCCGCCACCAGCCGCAUGAGCUUUAUGAGCGAGCAGCCCGGCGUCAAUCGCAUGAGCCAGUUCGGCGCCAGCCAGUUCAUGGGCGGCGGCGAGAUGGAGAUGACGAACCUGGUGGGCAUGCCCAGCGACGAUGCGUUGCUUGCCGAGAUCCGCGAGAUUCUCCGGACGGCCGACCUGAUGACCGUGACCAAGAAAGGCAUCAAGCAGGAGCUUGAGCGCCGCUUUAACGUCAACCUCGACCCGCGCCGUGCCUACAUCAACAGCGGUAUGUUCUCCACUCUCUACUCAUCUGAUCAACUCACUUAA